CAGGUUUCCUCCCAUUGCGCCUAGGCCGCAGCUGAACUGGCGGCCAUUUGCCCAGGACCCGCGGUGGUGGAGGAAGCCGAUGGAAUGAAUAGAAGCCUCAAAAGCCUGUUGGCGAUGGUUUCCUGUCCUGUUACCAACUUUUGGUCUCUAGUGUCAUAUAGUCUCAAGUGUAUGCUUUUUUUUUUUCCAUCCACAAUUAACCUAGGCAGCUGCAAAUGACUUUUGCUUGGUGAAACAAGGAACCGCACGCCAUUUCUCCUUUCUUUGUGGCCCAGUUUGGAGGACUCUGGCCCUCUGCCCAGCCUAGACAAGGCAGCAACACUUCCGGUGUACGGGCAGGCCCCUGGGAAGAGGCCCAGCAGGCCGACACCUUCCCCAAGGCUCAGCUGAGGUCUCCUAGGUGCUGAUGACACCUAUGCUAGCCAUCUGGACCCUGCACCACCACUGCAAAACAGCACUGCCGCCCGGGCCCAAUGCCGGUCAUGCCCAUCCCGCGGCGGGUGCGCUCCUUUCAUGGCCCGCACACCACCUGCCUGCACGCGGCCUGUGGGCCAGUGAGAACCUCUCACCUGGCCCGCACCAAGUACAACAACUUCGAUGUGUACAUCAAGACUCGCUGGCUCUACGGCUUCAUCCGUUUCCUGCUCUAUUUCAGCUGCAGCCUCUUCACGGCGGCCCUGUGGGGCGCGCUGGCCGCGCUCUUCUGCCUGCAGUACGUGGGUGUGCGCGUGCUGCUGCGCUUCCAGCUCAAGCUGUCCGUGCUGCUGCUGCUGCUGGGGCGGAGGCGUGUGGACUUCCGCCUCAUGAACGAGCUGCUCAUCUAUGGAAUCCAUGUGACCAUGCUGCUGGUUGGGGGUCUGGGCUGGUGCUUCAUGGUCUUUGUGGACAUGUAAAGGCCUGGCCUCCAGGGGGCACCUGAUCGUGCCAUAGGAAGUUUCUUUUCCUUGAAGGGUGGGGCUGGUAGGGGCCUUUUGUGCUCCAUCCCGAAGGUAAGGCCUGAAGCACACACUCCCACUAAGGCGAGAAAAGGGCUGAACCUACUCUGCUGGGGACACCACACAGUGUCCCUGCUGGCUUCUGCGCUGCCCUUCCUGUGCACUUCCCCUCCUAGCCUCUUGCCUCGGGUUGCCUGUAAGCUUUCAGGUUGUCCAGUGGGUGGCCCAUCUGUCUUUUUCUGCACCUUGAGACCUUCUGUGUGACAUUCUCACCAACAUCAGGCCCAACCAGUGGGCCAUGGAGGGGUGCCUCUGGGCUGCACAGCCCCUUGAUGUGCCCUGUUCCUGGCUCUAGCCUCAGGGACCCAUCUGGCUAUAUAAGCAGACACACUACUGCCACUAAUUGUGCCCCUUCUGAGCUGCUUGAAUCCUAACCCCAUGGAUCACUCUCUGCUGUCACCAAGUGGCAGUGGCAGGCUUGAACCCCAAGUCAGGCCUCAGAGUCACCUUGUCUUGCAUAGGUGUGGUCUAGCAGGACACGGUACAUGGCACUGGCGGGUCCCUGGUGCAAGGGAGCACAGGCACCCAGGCUUGGGCUCCGUGGCAGGUCUGCAAACUUACAGAGCCUCAGAAGCCACUUCCACUUAGCCCUGGGAGUUUUUACUGUCUCUGAGGGAUGGAGGCCCCCAGCAGCCUCCCAAAGCCUUGGAAA